AUGUCUCUUGCUCGUUGUGGGCGCCUUGCCCGUUUCUCGCUCGCGAGUGUUCGCCCGGCGGCCGCCGUGGCUCCGCGCGCCUUUGUCGCCGGAACCAACCCCCUCGUGCGGGGAGUAUCCUCCUCCAGCCGGGAUGCGCAGCAGAAGAUCCUCUCUUCGUCGUUGAAGGACUCUGACCCCGCAGUGUUCUCGAUUCUGGAGAAGGAGAAAAAACGCCAGCAGCACUUCAUCAACUUGAUCCCCUCUGAGAACUUCACCUCCCAAGCCGUCCUCGAUGCACUCGGCAGUGUUAUGCAAAACAAGUACUCGGAGGGAUACCCCGGUGCCCGUUACUAUGGUGGAAACGAACAUAUUGACGCCUCCGAGCGCCUGUGCCAGCAGCGCGCUCGAGACCUUCCGCCUCAACCCCGAGGAGUGGGGUGUGAACGUUCAGCGUAUGUCGAACCUCAAAAUGCUCGAAUUGAGAAUGCUAACGUAUCUCUAGCUCUGUCUGGCUCCCCCGCUAACCUCAUGGCCUACUCCGCUCUGCUCAACACCCACGACCGUCUCAUGGGUCUGGAUCUCCCUCACGGUGGUCACCUAUCGCACGGCUACCAGACCCCUACCAAGAAGAUCUCCGCCAUCUCUAAAUACUUCGAGACCCUGCCUUACCGUCUGGAUGAGUCUACCGGCCUGAUUGACUACGAUGCGCUCGAGAAGCAGGCUCUGCUCUACCGUCCCAAGUUGAUCAUCGCCGGUACCUCCGCUUACAGCCGUCUGGUUGACUACCCCCGUAUGCGCGAGAUCGCCGACACUGUUGGUGCUUACCUACUGACCGAUAUGGCUCACAUUUCCGGCCUGGUCGCCGGUGAUGUUCUCCCCUCGCCCUUCCCUUACUCCGACGUGGUCACCACCACCACCCACAAGUCUCUGCGUGGUCCUCGCGGUGCCAUGAUCUUCUACCGCAAGGGUCUCCGCCGUACCGACAAGAAGGGUAACAAGGAAAUGUACGAUCUGGAGAACCCGAUCAACGCCUCUGUCUUCCCCGGCCACCAGGGUGGCCCUCACAACCACACCAUCACCGCGCUGGCCGUUGCCCUGAAGCAGGCCCAGUCCCCCGAGUUUCACGAAUACCAGAAGACCGUCCUUGCCAACGCCUCCGCCCUGGCCGAGCGCCUCGGCGAGUCCACCAGCAACGGCGGCCUCGGCUACAAUAUCGUGUCUGGCGGUACUGACAACCACCUGGUCCUGGUCGACCUGAAGAACCGCGGUGUAGACGGUGCCCGCGUCGAGCGCGUGCUCGAGCUGUGCGGCGUUGCCAGUAACAAGAACACCGUGCCCGGCGACAAGUCCGCCCUCAAGCCUGGCGGUCUUCGUCUGGGUACCCCCGCCAUGACUUCUCGCGGCUUCCAGCCCGAGGACUUCCGCCGUGUCGCUGAUAUCGUCGACCGCGCCGUCAUCCUGACCCAGAAGCUGGACAAGGCUGCUCGUGAGCAUGCUCAGUCCCGCGGUGUGAAGAACCCCGGUACCGUCAAGGCCUUCCACGAGUACCUGGGCGAGGGUGAGGAGAUUUCGGAGAUUGUGCUCCUCCGCCAGGAGGUGGAGGACUGGGUAGGCACAUUCAGCCUGCCUUGGGCUAAGGACCAGUAG